GCCUUGGCAUUACUUAUUUCCAAUUGGACAAUUUAAUUCAACUUUCGUAAAAUAGGAGUAUAAACAAAACAUCUAACAAGAAAAUCUUCAGAGAAAAUUAUAAAAUUGUGCCCAAAAAUUAAGUAAGAUUGAAGGAAACCUGGAAGUAGUGCGAAAGAAGCGAAGUCGUGGCAAAAUGAAGCUAGAAACAAUGAAUGGGAAUUCGGUGGCGCUGGCAGUGAAGGUACCGCCUGGGGCUGAAAAAGAAAUUCCAAUUGUCGCAGAGGGGGUGGAAGAAGAAACACACCCACAGUCUUCAAAAGCAUCCCAGGAGCAAAAAGAACAAGAAAAUGAUGGUGGGGGUGGCGAUAAAGAUGUUGGUGGUAACAGUAAGAAAAAAGGCACAAGAAAAAAGCGAUCUACCAACUGGGAGGAGGCGGAACGGGGCCUAUUGGUGGAAGUUAUAAAGCCAAAGGUUGAGUAUGUCGAAAACCGUAAUGUGGAUGCAAAAAACAUCAAAGCGAAACGUCUAGCUUGGAUGCAAAUCACCAAACAAUUCAACGUACUCAACUUUCGGCAUCGUUCACUUGAACAAAUCCAAGUGCAAUGGCGGAGUAUGAAAAAUACUGCAAAACGCGAAUACCAACAAAAGAAUCCCAAUGCAGGAACAUUGGAGGGUUUGUCUAUGAUAGAGUUUAUGGAGGAAAUGCAAAAAGAUACAAACAAUGUACGCACACAUGCGCGCAGCAAUGGCAUAGUUAUCAAAAAAGAGCUAUUAAGUAUCGAUGACGAGGAUACGCCACUUGCAUCUCUGCCACCAUUGACAAAUACCAGUGAAGAUACGUUACAAGCAUCGGCUAUAGCGUUACCGUCCCCACCACAAUCGGCUGAGCCACAGCCAGAAAAUGCGUCGAAGCUGCAGCAAAGCUCACCCAUACGUCAAAGAAAAAAGCCAAUGCAAAAGAAAAAGAUUCAAAGUGCCGAAGGCGAUAGUGCUGAUGGAACCGGGAAACCGAAAAAGCAAAAA